AUGACACCAGCCCAGGGAAACUUACGUGAGGCAUCAUUCAGACGCCUGUUUCCCGUGCAAGUUGCCCGGGCGUUGGCUGCACAAUUGGCGAUCGCUGUCUCCCUCGUUCACUCGCAAGGUAUCGUCCACGGAGACAUACAUUCUGGGAGCAUAUUAGUCAAACUUGACUCGACUCUCGACCAUCUGUCAGUCGACCAAUUCAGAGAGGAAUAUGGCAAGCCCGAGAUCGUGCCAAUUCGCCGUGUCGACGGCCAGCCACUCCCGCCUAAUGUUCCUUCUCAUGCUGUGAUGCCUUUGUAUCUCGGCAAGAAAGCCCAAGACUUCACUCUGGAUGACGCGCGCGGUCUAGUCCUCAGCGACUUUGGCGAGGCAUUUGCCCCUGGUACUGAAUAG